AUCUUAAAGAUUACGCAAUAUUUUUUUACUUAUAAAAUCUUUUAAAAUUUUAAAAUAAGUUUUUAUUAAAAAAAAAUCUGUUUACCCAAUGACAACUAUGCCUCCAGAAAUGUCCACCUCGGCUACAAAUCCUUCUGUAGCUUUACCCAACUCGAGAGUAACAAGCGAUUCUUUAUCUGCUUUACAAGUAUCGCGUUCUCGCUUCAUGAUUACGGAUAUUUUGGCGGCCCAUCAAUCAAAUCAUGCACAACAACCUCAAACGCAUCUAAAUCAACAGCAACAACAUGCCGCUUUGCAGCAUUACAUAGCACAACAACAGCAUUUACUGCAACAACGUCACCAGCAACAUGCUGCCGUAGCGGCUGCCUCAGCGGCCGCUUCACCACCAGCCUCUCCGCCCCAGCUUGCAACACCACAACAACAUCCGCCACAUUUGCCCCCUCCACCACCGGCCGCCGCUGCUGCCCCAGCACAUCCCCAUCUGCCGCCUCAUCAUCCUUUGGCUCAUUUACCACCAACGGCCUUAAUGGGAUUUCCUUCCGCUCACAAUGGUUUCAAUGCUGCAGCCGCUGCUCAUUAUGCGGCCCUGCAACGCGACGAACGUGAACGUUUGCGUGAAAUGGAAAAUCAUCAUUCGUAUCGUAAUCAAGUAUCACAUGAACUUGAUCAUGAUGAUCGUUCGCGGUCGCCGCCUGCCUCCAUGUAUACGCGUGACUCUAGAGAUUUAAAUGGCCAGGGUAUGGCAAGUGGUAAUGCCGUCGGCGGCGGUGGUGGUGGCGGCGGUAGUAGUAUAAGUGGUGAUCAGGCCAGUACAAUAGAGGAUAGUGACAGUGAUUGUGGUGCCAAAGAUGAUGAUGGUCACAGCAUUAAGAGUAGUGACAAUCUAAUGGGUUUAUCGAAGAAACAACGCAAGGCACGCACUGCCUUCACCGAUCAUCAAUUGCAGACAUUGGAAAAAUCAUUUGAACGUCAGAAAUAUUUGAGUGUACAGGAUCGCAUGGAAUUGGCCAACAAAUUGGAAUUGAGUGAUUGUCAAGUCAAGACUUGGUAUCAAAAUCGAAGAACUAAAUGGAAACGCCAGACAGCGGUGGGCUUAGAACUCCUGGCCGAAGCUGGCAAUUAUGCUGCCUUCCAACGUUUAUAUGGUGGAGGUUCUCCCUAUCUAACCUCCUGGCCCUAUGGUCACCCCCAGGCCUCACCACACAUAUCGCCCAGUUCACCCAUAGACCUCUACUACCGACAAGCAGCCGCUGCGGCUGUACUACAAAAACCUCUGUCCUACCGCAUGUAUCCCUCCAUACCGCCCAUGGCAGCCACUGGAUUAUCCGGCAUGCCAGUAGCACCCACGCCCAUGUCACAUCUAACAGCUUCCAAUUCGUUGUCUUCGCUAUCAAACUAUUAUCAAACGGCCACACAAUCGUUCGGUUCCACCAAUUCACCCUCCACCAACUCUAGUCUACACAAUAAAAGUCCCACGCGUAGUGAGGACAAUGAUAUUGAGGAGAAUCGUAAAAGUGUUGAAAUUAUAGAUCGUUCAUCUAGUCCACAAUUAAAUCCCGGAAGUCCGCCAGAACGUUUAGAGAGUAAAACUGCCACAGCAGGGGUAACAGCAAUAGAGCACAGCGACAACGAGGCCGAUGAUGAAGAUGAUGCUAUAGAAGUUUGAGAUGAGCCUGACAAAAAUACCGAAAAAUACCCACACGACGAUGAUGAUAAAGAUGACGAAGAAGAUGAACCAGCAUUUAAAGAACACAAUUUAUUGAAGAAGCCGAGUGCCAUAAAAUAUUUUUAUGAUGAUAAACGGUCUCGGGCAAUUGCCUUAGUUAAGAACCAACAGCUUUUAAGCUGUUAAUGAUUGCUCUCAGUGCCUUGUUGUGUGUAAAAUUGGCAGAGUUGUUGUGUAGAAAAAGGGCAAACUUCAAAGUUUUAACCAAAGAUACCAAAAUUGUUUUAAAGAUUUUGGUUUUGUUCCAGUGGCUAUGGAUCUCAUUAUUGUUUUAAAUACUUAAUAUAAAAUUUGUAAAUAUAUUGAAAUCAGUGUUAAUUUUAAAUAAAAAUUAAAAAAAAGAAGUAAAUAAUGGAAUAGAAGAA